AUGUCUGAAUUUAUGCAAACACUUGAAAAAGCUGCACAAGAUAUUCGUCAAGAACCCCAAAUUAUCUCUUCAAGCAACAAUAAGAAUCAACACAAAGCUGCUAUUGCUGUCCUUGCCGGUGUUGAUUUGUUUAUGCGUUUUGUUACAAGAAACUCACAUGAAUUUUCGCUCUCAGAAGAAGCAGGAAGUUUUGAAGACUUCAAAGGCAACUUAUUAUCCAGAGCUUCCUUGAUUUUAGAUAAGGCUUCUUCUGCCCGUGACAAAGCAGCAGAAAUUGGUGCUCAAUUUGUUCAUGACAAUGCAGUUGUUUUGGUACAAGGUUAUUCUCGUGUCAUUAUGAGUGUCUUGUCUUAUGCUGCCAAUGUUCAAAACAAGCGAUUUAAGGUCUAUGUUACUGAAGGUAGACCUAACAGUGAUGGCAUUCAAGCAGUUUCAGCUUUGAGAAAGAACGGUAUUCCUUGUAGAGCUGUGUUGGAUUCAGCGGUGGGAUAUAUUAUGGACAAGGUAGAUAUGGUAUUUGUUGGUGCAGAAGGUGUCGUUGAAAAUGGUGGUAUUGUCAACAAGAUUGGUACAUUUCAAAUUGCACUUGUUGCUAAUGCUCUUAGCAAACCAGUUUAUGCAGUUGCCGAAAGUUACAAAUUUGUUCGUGUCUAUCCUCUAAACCAAUACGAUAUUCCUUCAGAAACACCAGAAAUAGUUACAUUUACUUCCAGAAGAAAGUCAUUUAGUGCAGUCAAUGAUGCAGAGACAGUAGAUGAAUUAGCAUUAUCAAAUCCCUCUGUUGAUUAUACACCUCCUCAAUAUAUUACGUUGCUACUGACCGAUUUAGGUGUCUUGACUCCUUCAGGCGUUUCUGAUGAAUUAAUCAAGCUUUACGUUUAG